ACAUUCGUGCGCUGCACACACUAUCAUUUCUCUUAUCCUUUGGAUGCAGCAAAUUCAGAAACUCCAAAAACCAACGAACGAUUUCUACGAAUCGAAGAAUAAGUCAUGCACGUGGCAAGUGACACGACGACACACAUCUUGUUAAUUAGGAUAUUAAACAUUUAAUUUUUACCUUAAUUUAACUUUAUUAUCAGAUGGAUAAAGCUAGUGAUGGAGCUGCGAAAUUCUUGCAACUGGUCCGACAAAAUUCCAAAAGGUUGUUGACCUCAUCUAUCGCCUUGCAAUGUCUCGGAGCAUCCAAGAGCAAGAACAGCCACUGUUAGAGGACUCGUUCGAAGGAGAAGAGGAGGCACAAGAAGCGGCUUAUGAUUCCUCGGAGAAGAUCGUGGUGGUGGGAAUCGACGAGUGGGAUAGCGAAGAGAAUUGGGCCAGGGUGCCGCCGUUCUCGUGGAAGAAGCUAUGGCUGUUUACUGGGCCGGGCUUUUUGAUGAGUAUUGCGUUUUUGGAUCCUGGGAACUUGGAGGGGGAUCUUCAGGCUGGUGCCAUUGCUGGGUACUCGCUGUUGUGGCUUCUGAUGUGGGCCACGGCCAUGGGCCUGUUGAUCCAGCUCUUGUCGGCGCGGCUCGGCGUGGCGACGGGGAAGCACUUGGCUGAGCUGUGCAGGGAGGAGUAUCCAACAUGGGCCAGGACGGUGCUUUGGGUGAUGGCUGAACUCGCUCUUAUUGGCUCCGAUAUUCAAGAGGUUAUUGGCAGCGCUAUCGCUAUCAGAAUUCUCAGUCAUGGGGUCAUUCCUCUUUGGGCCGGGGUCAUCAUUACAGCUCUUGAUUGUUUUAUUUUUCUCUUUCUUGAGAACUAUGGUGUGAGAACAUUGGAAGCUUUUUUUGCUGUUCUCAUUGGUAUAAUGGCAAUCUCGUUCGCAUGGAUGUUUGGCGAAGCGAAGCCUAGUGGCAAGGAACUUAUUCUUGGCAUUUUGGUUCCAAAAUUAAACUCCAAAACUAUACAGCAAGCUGUUGGAGUUGUGGGCUGCCUUAUUAUGCCUCACAAUGUGUUCUUGCACUCUGCUCUUGUUCAAUCAAGGCAGGUUGACCGCAGUAAGAAAGGCCGAGUGCAAGAAGCUCUUAAUUAUUACUCUAUAGAGUCUACCCUUGCCCUUAUAGUCUCCUUUGUCAUAAAUAUAUUUGUCACAACUGUGUUUGCUAAGGGGUUUUAUGGUUCUGAACUUGCAAAUAGCAUUGGUCUAGUAAAUGCCGGACAGUAUCUUCAGGAGACAUAUGGUGGUGGACUGCUUCCGAUAUUAUACAUAUGGGGUAUUGGGUUAUUAGCGGCAGGCCAAAGUAGCACUAUUACUGGCACUUAUGCUGGACAAUUUAUCAUGGGAGGUUUUCUAAAUUUAAGGUUAAAAAAAUGGAUAAGGGCAUUAAUUACCCGAAGUUGUGCUAUAAUCCCAACCAUGAUAGUUGCUCUGAUAUUUGAUACCACAGAGGAAUCUUUAGAUGUUUUGAAUGAGUGGCUUAAUGUUCUUCAGUCAGUCCAAAUCCCCUUUGCUCUUAUUCCCUUGCUUUGUCUGGUGUCAAAGGAGCAGAUAAUGGGCACUUUCAGAAUUGGCGCUGUCCUCAAGACUAUAUCAUGGCUUGUGGCUGCGCUGGUGAUAGUGAUUAAUGGCUAUCUUCUGGUGGAAUUCUUCUCCUCUGAAGUGAAUGGACCAACAUUUGGCGCUGUAGUGGGUGCAUUAACGGCUGCAUAUAUUGCAUUCGUUAUAUACCUUAUCUGGCGUGCCAUCACCUUUUUACCUUGGCAAAGUGUGACACGAUCAAAGACAAUUGUUCCCUCAGAGAGCUAAGGAAUCAAUCUUUAAAACCGCGGAAUUGGAAGUGGCAUUCUGCUACGACUCUCGUGAUUAUUACUUUUGCCUCUGACCCCUUAUGCUUGUUACACUCAUAUGACAAGUUCUGCUCUGGGUUAUGGGUUAUGGGUAGUGGCACCUUAUCAGUUGAUGUAAUUAUAGAGUAAGUCAGAGUAGAUUUUAACACACUAUCAUUUUCAAAUUUAGAACCUUAUUGUUUUCAAAAGCCUUGGAAACACACUGAUUAGUCGAGACAAUUUCAAAGCAUCAGUGUUCGAACAGGCAAUGUUGCUCCACUUUCUCCUUUCUUUCUUGCUCUCUCAAUCUUUUUCAUAUUCUUUUGGGCGAGAGCUGCGGUCAUCAAAUUACACCAAAUACUUAAAGCUAUUAUGCCCCUUUAUGCAAUAAUCAUUAAGGUUGAGGCAUGACACAAUUUCAUUAUAGAGGAAGAGAAUCUAAUAUAUUUAAAUAAUCAAAUUUUACAU